CGACGACCAUGGCCCAAUAAAACAUUUCAACUCAUGAUAGUGGAUAAUCAUUCUCCUAGUAUCUUUGUCAUAGUAUAGUUUCUAGCCACUGCUGCUUAUGCUCCAUAACGAUCAUCCAUCUCGUGAUAGACCUUAUCAUGGCUGAUACGGCACGGAGCUCUAGUGUCCUAUUGGACCGAGUUGGAGUUGAUACUGUUCAGCUUCUACGAAGAUUUGAGAAUAUUAUUGCUCUCGCGCCUAUCGAAGGCAAAGACAGGAAUGGCACUGCCAUGGAAGCAUACCAGAUGGAAGUGGAGACUGCUGCACUGGUUCGCGCAGCGGAAGACGUGUUGUCAUUAACACGCUCAUUAAAGGAAGCAUGGCUGUUUGGAGAGCUGAAGACCAUCGGUGAAAGCGAAGCUGCCGCCACGACAGAGACCAACGCUCAAGCUGUUGGCGAGGCAGCCACUCGGCUUUUGAAGAGCGAAGACGGACUAUACGGAGACUGGAAGUCAUCGUGAAAAUGGGGAAAUAAAUUAAGCAAUUUCUCAUGGAUGAGUCCUUUUCUCAGAGGCUUCUUUGUCAAAGGAAGGUCUGCAUACCCGUAAAAACGACCCUCACGCGUUAGACCUCGGAAGAGAUGCGGCCAUAUCUUGGAAUGGAGAGCGCAUUUGUGGCCAAGUUCAUUUAGCCGCCGCAUUCCCCUAUCCAAGCCGCUAUAGGAGUAUUUUACGGCUCGGUAAUGGACAGAGUACUAUAUUCACGUUGAUGCAGCAAAAAAAAUCGCGAACAAUUAUUGAAGACUCUUUUCCUCUCUCUAGCCUGGUGUUCAAGUAGUUCUCUAAUCAUCCUCUAAUUAUACUCUAUGAAGAGUCUCCCACCCGUCAUUGCCAUGCCCUUG